AUGAAAAUUACCAAAAAAAAAAGAAAAGGAAAGGAACAGGAGGAAGCAAAAGGUUUAGGCUCAAACUCUGUCCAAAACGACCAAAGGCAACAGAUUUGGUUAUUUCAGGGCAGCACUAGAUCAGAGUCCUCUUAUCGGAGAAAAUGCAAUCGAUCCGUAGCAGUACAAGGUUGCUCCAGAGGAACCGUUUCUCCAUCUCCAACACUCUUCCUCGUUUCACUUCGUCUUCUUCCCCAAGCUGGUCUGAGAAUGAAUCGAGGAGGCUGGGAGGGUUUGAUUCUUUCCGUACAAAGGCGGUUUCUUUCUCUUCCGCAGUACCUCCUAGACAAAACUUUACGUAUUCACCGAGGUGCUUUUCCACCAUUAGAGAUUCUGCUCAGUCUACUCCUCAAGGAUCAGCUCCUGAUAUGGUUCCGAGAAUCAAGUUCAAGCGGCUUGAUAAAACCGCCAAGCAUAUCAUGCAGAUUGUAGACAAGGAGGCGGUUGAGGAAGUGAGAAAUGGUAGGGAGAUACCUGAGAUAAGGCCUGGUUACAUUGUGCAGCUCAAAGUGGAAGUGCCUGAGAACAAGAGGCGUGUUUCAAUCGUAAAAGGAAUUGUCAUAGCAAGACGUAACGCUGGUCUUAACUCUACGUUUAGGAUUAGAAGGCUUGUGGCUGGGGUGGGAGUCGAAUCCAUGUUCCCCUUGUAUUCGCCAAACCUGAGGGAGAUUAAGGUGUUGGACAAGAAGAGAGUAAGAAGAGCCAAACUUUAUUACCUCAGGGACAAGAUGAACGCUCUCAAGAAGCAUUAGAGCACCUUUAACAUUCAAUCAAUCAUAUAAACAGGGUAGUCUACUCCCUUAAACAAAGUCUUUGAGGGUUUUUUUUUUUUGGUGACGAAUUGGCCUUUACGUCACAUAUUGUGAACCUGUGUAUUUGAAUAAUGAUGGAUCCUUUUAUUCCUCUUACUUGCUCCGAUAAGUCUUGGUUAGUUAGUUCAUUA